AAAAACAACAGAUACAACUAAAUUUUCUUAAUACUGUCUACCUUUUAAAAAGUCAAGGUGGCAGGUAAUAACUGGGAGAGGAAAAUGUUUCUGUCUCUUCCUACAUUGACUGUCCUUAUUCCAUUGAUUUCUUUAGCAGGACUGUUCUACUCAGCCUCUGUGGAAGAAAACUUCCCACAGGGCUGCACUAGCACAGCCAGCCUGUGCUUUUACAGUCUGCUCUUGCCCAUUACCAUACCAGUGUAUGUGUUCUUCCACCUUUGGACUUGGAUGGGUAUUAAACUCUUCAGGCAUAAUUAAUGGAACCAGAGCCAAGAUGGUGUAUACAUUAAUGAUAAGUCUUGAGUGUCUAUGAAAGCUCAACUGCAUAAAAAUACUGGAAACGCACUUAAUUUUCAGGAAAGAUGCUUUACCUUGCUCUGUCAGAGGCUUAGGACUGUAGGAGGCUUAUGCUACAGAAGCUUCGUUCUUUUAUUGUACUUUGGUCUUGCCCCCCCCCGUUUUUUUUUUUUGAAGGUUCUAAUUUGUAACUGCUGUAUCAGAAGAAGCAUUUCAACAGUGUCUUAUUGGAAAUUAACAACCCCAGCCAUCAUCUAAUGACUUUCUUAUCCCUUUCAUCUAAAAAUUAGUAAUUUGAAAUUUUGUUUGUUUUAGAUUCAAAGUCUUUGUUAAAGUCACAUGUUGUACAGAUAACUGAAGUAAUUCCAAAGGAGCUAUGUUGGAGUAGUUGUAGAGAAAUGUAUUUGAACUAGUGUGAUAUAAAACUAUAAUAAAAUGGAAAUUUCAUGAACUUGAAAAAA